AUGGUUGCUGGCAAUGUGGAUAUUGAGGGAUGUAUCAAGAGAAGUUGUGAUCUAGAAGGCCAGCCCCUUUCUGGCCGAUCUCUCGGUGCCAUCGUCGAGUCUUACCAGGAUGGAUCUUAUCUGGCAGAGAGUAUCAAAGGAUCUCAGGCAGAUCAGGACUUCAAGACCAAGUUCAUCGACGAGAAUGAAGCAUAUGUGCAGUUCGGUGGCACAGAUCGAUACUUUUUGAGAGUCUGCCACAAUAUCAGAAGUUCAGGUCGCUGUGAUGAGCUGUUCCUGUUCAUACAUGGCUUGGGUGGCAACUUGGAGCAGUUUGAGCCAUUGUUAAGAAUGUUGGAUGAGACUGGCAGGCAGUUUUUGGCGUUAGACCUACCGGGCUUUGGCAAGAGUGACGAGUGGGACAGAUACUGUAUGUAUGACGUUGUGGAAGCAAUACAUCAGGCCGUGGACAAGAUAGCCAAGUCUGGUGGUUAUGGGAAACUGACGAUUGUUGGACACUCAAUGGGAUGUUACCUUUCGGUGCAUUACUAUUUAAAAUACCAUGAAGAAGUCAACAGGCUUGUGCUUCUGGCUCCGCCAAAGCCCAACGUCGACUAUCUGGCUAAAAACAGAUACUGGAUUCAGAUUGGGCUGCAUACAGGACACAAGUUUCCCUGGUUGUUUGACAUCUAUAGAGAGAGGUUUGAUCAGUGUAAAGGGUUGAAGAGUUCAGGCAUUAGGCAGUUCUUUCAUCGUGAAGGAGGCGUAACGAGCUCAUAUAGAAAGCUGUGGCAGUUCCACAAUAAUGUUCAAAUCAAGAGUCGAAGCAUAUUCGGUUACUUUCUAGGUUGGAGAGAAAUAGAUUGGAGCGAGCUGAACGAUGUGCUGAUUAAGGCAGGCGCACAGACCUCGCUUGUCAUAAUGUGUGGUGAUCGAGAUGAGAUCACGCCGGUUCAGUACUCAUCAGACAUUUCUGAUCUGCUACCUGGUGCCAACGCAAAGAAGUUAAUUGCUAUUAGGGACUGCGGCCACAAUUUGUGCUUUGAUUAUCCUGAGGUGGUCCUGAAGGAAUUCCAUGAGAAUGUGUUAAGCGAGCUCAGUUAA